GACAUUGACGAAUGCACAAAAAAUACCCACAAGUGCGGUGCCAAUGCUUACUGCAAUAAUACCAAGGGAGGAUACAACUGCACUUGUCAUCCGGGAUAUUACGGAGAUGCACAGCAAUGUGAACCAGGUGAGAGUGACAACUAUGUAAGCAGACAAUACCGUUAAGUCACUCAGUGCCAAAAGUACAAUUUACUUGGCCAUUAUUCCAUGACGGUUAAAAGGCAGUAUUUUUAUAUAUAGACAAGAGCCAUAAUGGGUCUUGAUAUAGAAUAUGGACACACAUAUAACUGAAGACAAUCGUAGGUCUUCUUUUCAAACAGAAAAUGGUUGGGAAAGUAUUUUUAAUAUUAAAGGUAUCUUUUUAACAGAAUCCUGCUGAAAGUUGAAAUAAGAAUAAAUUUGUGACCAUAAGAGAGAAACCAAUUCCCGUAGCUAUGAGCUGGUCUUUAUUUUGAUUAAGGAGACUACUUUUUUCUUCUCAUCUGUUCUUGUAACAUCGUUUAUCGGUCUUGUAGAGAAUAAUACCAAUUUAAGCACUGAAGCACACGUACCAACUCCGAGAUUUUCCGCGGUAUGGCCAUUACCUUACACAUGCGCAGAACCAUACCCUGGCAGUGGCAGCCGCAUGGACGGCUGUUUCGCCCUUAUUGGGUGCCGGGACAUACGCCGAUUAUUAUGCUCGGCUAGACCAAAAGAGUGUUAAGGGAAGUCACUAGAUUGUGUAGUUUGGGUCAGUUCUGUAUGGUAGUAAUUCGGUUCAAUCGGUUACUUUAAUGUGAAUAAUUAGACUGUACAGGUCUCUAAUAGGCUUGUUUUCUUCAAGCUUUAUAUGACAACUCUGGCCUAUUAAUUACCCCCUUGUUUAUUUUGUUGUGCAGUUUCAUCGUGUAAGGAUCUUUUUGACAAGAAAAUGUGAGUAAAAAUUACAAAGUUUACUUUUUAGGAUCUUAAAAUAACGAAAUAUGUCGGUGCAGUUGAAUGCGCCCGAACUGUGCUUGUUUCGCCCGUCUGGGUGAGAUCGAAAUAUAAGAUAGUAAAGUGAUUUAUCAGCUGUCAUUACGUUAUACGUUAUUUCGAUUGUUAUUGUUCGAAGUUCUUCCUGGCAAAUGCAAUGAUGGCGGUGUCGCAAGUAAACCGUCAGCUUAGCUACCUUCAGUACGCAGUACGUAUAAUUAUAAUUGAGCUAAUUGAGUCCCACAGCUACUCUCUUACGCAGUUCUUGUGUCUUGUGUUCUUGUGUGUUCCUUGACUGACGAACUUAAUUAGUUAUCACUACAAGAGCAAGAAAACUUAUAUUAAUUGAUCUUUCACUUUUUUAUUUAGUUGCUUUGCCCUUUCCUAGUAAAUUUUGUCUUAACACCUUCAGGACCACGUAGUCUCACAGCAUAAUUCCACGACAUACAUCCUUUUGCCGGCCACUUUUGCUGGUGACUACAAGUACUCUUUAUUGCCCGUUAUAUACCUGUGAAACAGUCCUUCGUCUACCGCUAUCAAAGCUCCGUCUUUGUCAGUGUAUAAAACCAUAGAUAAAUAGCCUGCGAUGCGCGAUGGUUAGGAGCUGGAAAAAUUAAAAUGAUAUUUCAUUUUGUACAGCUCGAACGUGACUCCGUUGGUCACUCUCCUCCUUGACUCCAAACUAGUUUCAGUUCUCUGUCACUUUGGAAAUUUUGGAUGCGGAGAUGGAGGAUGGACACCGGUCAUGAAGAUGGACGGCAACAAGGUAAGACAUUUGUGUACGUUUUCCCUUAGUUUGGCGACGAGUGGAAAAAAAUGUGUUAUUAAUAAUUAAAUACAGGUUUACCUCUGUCAGCGGUGAUUUUCAAUUAUCCUUAGGCUAGCCUGCGAAUACAGCCGUUUCUCCUUGCUCCUCGUCGCUAGGGACGUUCCACCAGAAGGAACGUCUGCACCUCAGCGACAGAAAUUCCAUACUAAUGACGUGAAAUUGUAAAAUUUUCUGGGGGAGCAUAACCCCAGUCCUCCAAGUUUGAGGCGCACCGUCGGCGCUCUAACUUUUCUUCUUGUCGGUACAUGCUAAGUCCCUGGAUCUGAAAGAUUUAAGUAUUAAGAACACCUUUAAGCUUCUGCUGGAAUAUCUCGGUCAGUAGCAGAGGUCACCUGCCCUUUCUGUCAGACGAUGUGGAGGUUUUCAUCAAAACACGGAAGCCUGGUCUCUGUACUUGCAGAUACGCGAGAGUUAAAGAUAAUUAUAUUCAAUUCGUCAUUUUUCAAUCGCAUCAAUCACCAACUAAUGAUUACGGAGAGCAGUAUUUGUUUACUUUUUAUUCUACGGGUGACUAUUAACGCCAUUUUGCCUGCUGCGGCUAGUUUCAUUUUAUAAAGCUGGAGAAACAAGGACGUUGUAUAUAUUCUUUUCAUUGUAAUUGAUCUUCCAUUGCAAAUUCGGUUUUUUUUUCUUCUCCGGGAAGGAUGUAGUCUUUAGAAGAAAAAAGAAACCUUUGAACUUUUCUUUUUAAAGGACAAUUUUUCUAUUUCUUCCUCCUUUCUACCACAGCAAACGUUUCACUACAACUCCACUCUCUGGAGCAACAAAGAAACCUUUAACCUUGACGGAGGGAAGACUGGGUUUGACUCACAGGAGACCAAACUUCCCUCCUACUGGAACACAUCCUUCUCCAAGAUCUGCCGUGGUAUGAAGAUCGGCCAGCAGAUCAAGUUUAUUGUUAUCAACAAGCAAGCGAACUCCUUGUACUCUCUGAUCGCUGAUGGGCAAUACCGCCACACCUCACUGGGUCUUGACACGUGGAAGUCACUGAUUGGUUCUGAGGCCUCCUUACAGAAAAUCUGUAACAAGGAAGGGUUCAAUGCUGUGUCUAAAGAUUCUCGUUUUUCCAAAGCCAGGAUCGGUAUCCUUGGUGACAACAUCGGCGAUUGCAGAACCUGUGACUCUAGAAUUGGGUUUGGUACUGGAGGAGAUCAUGAUAACAACAACACAUGCGGAAACGAGGCUAGUGUGUUGGGGCCAGAUAAUGGCGAGAAGCAUAUCAAGGCAAUGGGAUAUAUUUUGGUGCAGUAA